AUGCAGCAGCAAGGCGGGCAGAGGAAGGAGGAUGAAGAGCUGGAGGCUCCGGAGGCUCAAUCAGCUGGGAAGAGCCGAGGCACAGGAGCGGCAGCCGGAGGGUGGGCGUGGGGAGUGGUGUUCCACUUCUUCCUGGUCAAUGUGCUCGUGAUGGGGAUGCUCAAGACCUUUGGGAUUUUCUUCGUGGCUUUCCGAGAGGAGAUGGGGGGAUCUUCGGAGCAGGUCAGCUGGAUCGGCUCCAUCAUGUCCUCCCUGCGCUUCCUAGGAGCCCCGCUCGUGGCCGUGGUGUGCCGGCGCCUGGGAGAGCGGCCAACCUCCAUCCUCGGGGCUGGGCUGGUGGCCGGGGGCUGCCUGCUCAGCACUCAGGCCACCGGUGUCCCCUUCCUCUGCUUCUCCAUGGGAAUCCUCCUGGGGAUGGGCUUUUCCUGCCUGUACCAGGCGGCCGCGGUGAUGACGGCCAAGCGCUGCGGGGCACGCCUGGCGUUCUGCAAUGCCCUGGCCCGCUCUGGGAUGGGGCUGACGUUCCUCAUGGCUCCCUUCACUCAGCUCCUCAUCGAGGCAUACGGCUGGCAAGGUACUCUCCUGAUUUUUGGAGGCAUCAUGUUGAACCUGGUGCCUUCCAGCAUGUUGCUGUGGCCUGUCAGCACCCAAGUACCUCGGGAAUCUGCUGAAAAUCAACACUGGGGAUCUUCAGUGGCAAAAAAGGAUCCAGAAACUCCUGGUGGAUGUUCAGAGGGAAGCACUCCCAGCGAAUUACAGCUUCACCAUGCACAGGAGGCUCCCACCACAGAGAGACUCUUGAUACCCCACGGCCGAAAUGUCUGUGACCCAGCAAAUCCAUCUUUGGGAAAGCUCCAGAGAUCCACCCCUCAGCCUCUCCUGGACUUCUCCCCACUGAAGGAUCCCGUUUUCUUCAUUUUCACGUGGUCCUUCCUGUUCAGUCACCUGGCCUAUUUCGUGCCCUUCUUCCACCUGGUGGCGAGAGCCAGGACCCUGGGCAUGAGCAGCAGGGAUGGCUCCUACCUCAUCGCCGUGGCUGGCAUCACGGAGAUGCUGAGCCAGCUGCUCUCGGGCUGGCUGGCUGACCACAACUGGACCAAGAAGUACCAUUUCCAUGUCACCUACCUGCUCCUCAGCGGGGUCACCAACCUGCUGGGGCCCCUGGCCACCACCUUCCCACUGCUCCUGGCCUACACCGUGGCCUUUGCCAUCUUCUCUGGAGGUUUCAUGGCUCUGGUGCUGCCCGUGCUGGUGGAUCUGGUGGGUGUGGAAAAGCUCCACAGCUAUCUGGGGUUUGCUGCCUUCUUUGCAGGGAUAGCAGCCAUGGGAGGACCCCCUCUAGCAGGGUGGCUCUAUGACUACACCCAGACCUACGUCUGCUCCUUCCUCUUUGCUGGAGCCUGUGCUCUCAUCUCACCUAUUUCCUUCUUCUUCGAGCCUUCAGCCCAAAAAUGGAAGCUAAAAAAAGCCAGUUUGAACAAGAGCCCCAGGUCCAGCUAA